CAUCAUCAGUAUGCGACGGCCCUUCUCAACUACGUAGCUCUCUUCCGCCUGUUUAGGAUCUGUUGUGUUCAUCGGCAGCUCCGGGAAUGGAUAAAACAACUGAGAUGGAUAACCUGGAAAUGCGUCUCCGGGCGCUAGAGAGUCGUAUAUAUGGCGAGAGAAAAAACAAGAGUGGAAAACCUGUAAAGUGUGCAGAGUCAUUGGCCAGGAUUCAGGCCGGUCUGACCAACACAGCCAAUAAGAGAGAACGAGUAAAGAUUCUGCACAAGAAGAUUGAGGACCUCUUAAAGUACUUGGACCCUGAGUUCACAGACCACAUCACUGUGCCUGAUGCCAUGAAGCUGGAGUUUAUCCUUGCAGAGGAGGACUUCUUGCUUUCGCAUGCUGCUUUACUGGAACAGGUCAGCAACCUGCAGCCACUGCUGGACAGCACCUACAUCAGAGAUGUACCAGAACAUGCCACCAAGCUGCAGCGCUUGUCACAGAUUCACAUCAAACAGCAGGACCAAAGUGAGGUUCAGUCACAGGAAGUUAAGAAGCUUUUUGAAGAAUACAACAAAAUGAUGUUCCUGUUGUCCAAGCAGUUCACCCAGUGGGAUGAGACCCUGAGAAAAAUGGAAGAGGCCAAAGGAAUCCGACCUGUGGAAUAGUGAUUAUCAACAUACGUUCAGAUGACGAAAGUGGAAAAACACUGCACUGUGGUGGGAGUGUCAGAUAUGUGAGGCAACGGCAUCAACACAUUUCUUUCUUAUUUUCUUUCUUUUUUUAAACAUUUAAUUUAUUUGAAUUAGGUGAUAUAACUUUGAUAAUCUAACCUGAUGUAAGAAAUCCUCAAAAGUGUAAGAAACAGUACAUUAACAAUUCCAGAAAUAGUCACUGCAGAUUGUAAAAUAUUGAAGGCAGGUUUGUCUUCCUGCUAAUGCUGGUGGUUCCAAACUGACACUCAUAUUGGAAGAAAAUGGGUUUCCUGUAACCGUUUAUUUGUGGAUGAAUUCACUCCUAUCAUUAAACUUGUAGUUGUUAUGCUGUUUAUUGUCAGACAAAAGUACUUUACUUGUAAUGUAUUCCUGUCCUCCUUACUGUAGGCAUGUCACAAGACUUAAAUUGCUCUUCCCCCAGUUCAAAAACACACACCUAGUUACUUCCCUCUGGAUGCUUCUUGACAUGACUUAUAAAACCUUACAUUAGCUUCAGUAUUUUUUCCAGUAUUUGGUUUGAACAAUUUCAUUAUAUCUGAUUUAUCUUAUAGCAAAUAAAUGUUGAUAAAUAAAUAUGACUUUUUGGGGGGAUAUUCAAAAGUGUUGCAUGUUGUGUAUAUAUGAGUCUUACAACAGAAUCUGGAUCUGUUUAGGUCUGUUUGUGCAUUCUGAUGUUUUGUCAGUUUCUAAUAGGUUACUCAGCCAUUUUUCACAUUUUCACAGAAUAGAUGAGAUUGGAAACUUGGAAAUAAUUAACCACAUCAAGAAGCAAUGUAAUAUUGUCACUGUAUGUUUACUCCAAAACAACACUGAACACCUUAAUACCUAUGUGCUUUACAAAUUGAAAUGGCAUGACUGACUGAACAUUGACCAAGAAUUAUUUUUGCUGCUGUCUCAUGUAAGGCCAGAAGUACAGCACUUUUUAUUUUGUUCGUAACAGCUCAAAGAAAAGGUGAGACUAUUUUUUGCUCGUUGAAUAUUGCGCAGCAUAGAUCAAGGCACAUAAUAUGUUGCUUACUAAAAUUGAAAAUUAUG